UUCUAGAUCUCAUGCUGCAUGACAGCGGCUGCUGGCAGUAUGCACAGGAGCAGCUGCGAAACAUAGUGCAUGCUGCCGCCAGCAGCUUCCUGCCGCAGCGCUUCAAUAACAUGCCACUGCAAUCACUGCGGACACCUGGGGCAUUUGCGGGCUUGCAAAAUGGGGGCGCCACUUGCUACAUGAGCAGCGUGUUUCAACAGUUGUUUAUGCAGACAACAAUAAGGACCUUGAUACUGAGCGCCCCUGCUGUGGCAAAAGAGGAACAACAGGACAGCGUCUUUCACCAAAUGCAGGUAAUGUUUGCGCACUUGGCACUAGGCGUGGAACCCUGGUUUGAGCCCCGGGGCUUCUGGCGUGCCUUUAAGGAUUACGAUGGCCAGCCAGUUAACAUCAGGGAACACCAGGAUGCUUAUGAGUUCUUCACACGCCUGCAAGACAGCGUUGAUGAGUACCUGCGUGCGCAGCAGCGGCCACGUGCGAUUCACACCGCGCUGGGCGGCACCUUUGCGCAGCUGAUCACAGUGUUAGGGUUGCCGCAGUACUGCAGCGAGCGGGAGGAAGAGUUUUAUCAGAUCAGCCUAGACGUGCGUGGCAAGCGCACGCUGGCGGAGAGUCUGGACUCCUAUGUGUCCAAGGAGCUGAUGGACGGGCAAAACCAGUAUCUGUGCGAGGAGCUUGGCAAGAAAGUCAAGACCCGAUUUGAAUUCCCAAUGGAGCUGGAUGUCUACCCAUACACUGUGGAGGGGGCAAGCGAGGCAGAUGGGCGCCCAGCCGAGAAGAAGGAUGCCAGCCAUUACCGCUAUGACCUUCGUGGCAUUGUGGUGCAUAGCGGGAGCGCUUUUGCAGGGCAUUAUUACAGUGUCAUCAAGGAUCGUCAGCCCGGAGGCGAAUGGUAUUGCUUCGACGACACCAACGUGGAGCCCUGGGAUCCUGCCAAGCUGGACAUGGAUUGCUUUGGAGGACGUUUCAUUCCAGAGGGCUUUACCCAGGAGUGUGAUCGUCCCAACUCCGCCUACAUGCUGUUCUAUGAACGGGCAGAUGGAGCGCAACCCAUGGCUGUCUCACCUGCCCCUCCCAUAAAGCAGCAGUCAUCGCAGCAAAUGCCUGAUGUGGAGAUGCCUGCACAACAGGGCGGCGUAGCAGUAGCAGUGGCACACCCAGCGGCAGAAACGCGAACACCAUUUAACAUGCCUCCGAGCCUGUAUGAAGCGGUGUUGUUUGGCAACCUGCGCCAGCUUGGAGCAAUGCAGCUCCUGUCGAUGGAGUACUGCCGCUUUGUGUGGCAGGUGAUCCACCACCUGAAUGAUGCUGUGGUCACCGGUACAGCACGCAAGGCAGCCAAGCGGGAGCCUACAAGCAGCCCAGGUGGCAUUGGCAGUGUUGCAAGCGGCAGCGGCAGCGCCGCAACUGGAGCGUGCCAGCUUCAGGCAUUGACCAACAGGCGUGGAGGCGACCUGCAUGUCAUCAUUGCCGAUGCUGCGCUACUUGCCCUGGACUACUGCCUUCAGGUUGCCCUGCGAGGUGGCAAUGAGCUCCGGCGUGAGAUUCUUGGUACCGGUGGGCGCAAGGCAGCGCCAGGCAUGAUUGGUGUCCUGCGCGAGGUGGCAAAAACCAUUCCGGCAGUGGCCGGGGCGGUGUUAUUACACUUAGCGUCCGGCCCAUGCUCGGCCUCUGCUGACGCCCUGCUGACUCAGCAUCCUGGACCUGGUGUGCGCACCUUUGUGAGGGAUAUCAUCGCCACUGCUGCCGACUGCCUAACAUGCCAGGAGCUCAGAACUGACGAGGCUGUGCAUGCAAUCCGCGCUUGCAUAAACCACUUGUGUGGCAGCACCCUGCCGAUGUUACUACAGCUCCAGGCGCCGUGGCAUCAUGACGAGCUGCUGGAACUGCUGCAGCGGUUGUCCAUUCCGCGAUACAGUUGGCGGCGUGCUCUGCUGGAUGCACACUUGACGCCGCUUUUGGCCCUGGUUAGGCGGG